CACUUCUCCGUUCAGUCAGUCCUCAUCUCAGAGAUACAUGUCGUGCCGUGUGGUGUGAGUUUAUUCUCCUGAUCUGAGCCGUGAGGGACUUUGGCGCGUUGACGCACUCCUCUGAACCCCUGCAGGAGGACUUUACAGCUGCACUAGAGUUUCCGACACUCGCUCUUCUGCAUGAAUCUCUUCGACUCCUACCUGAAAAUGAGCGACGAGCAGGACAAGGGUCUCUCCGACGCGCCCAGCCCGAGCAUGUCCGAGGAUUCCGCCGGCUCUCCGUGCGCGUCCGGAUCGGGCUCGGACACCGAGAACACCCGACCGGAGCAGCACCUGAGAGAGUUUAAGAAGGACGAGGGCGACAAGUUCCCCGUGUGCAUCAGGGACGCGGUGUCCCAGGUGCUGAAGGGCUACGACUGGUCCCUGGUUCCCAUGCCGGCGCGGGGCAGCGGCGCGAUCAAGAGCAAGCCGCACGUCAAGAGACCCAUGAACGCCUUCAUGGUUUGGGCUCAAGCCGCGCGCAGGAAGCUGGCGGAUCAGUACCCACACCUGCACAACGCCGAGCUCAGCAAGACCCUCGGAAAACUCUGGAGGUUACUGAACGAGGGCGAGAAGCGUCCGUUCGUGGCGGAGGCUGAGCGUCUGAGGGUCCAGCACAAGAAAGACCACCCCGACUACAAGUACCAGCCCAGACGGAGAAAAUCAGUGAAGAACGGCCAGAGCGAGAGCGAGGACGGCGAGCCGACCCACAUCUCCCCCAAUGCCAUCUUCAAAGCCCUGCAGCAGGCCGACUCUCCCGCGUCCAGCUUGGGCGAAGCGCACUCUCCGGGAGACCACUCAGGUCAGUCCCAGGGUCCCCCCACACCUCCCACAACCCCCAAAACGGACCUGGCGUCCAGCAAAGCGGAUCUUAAGCGCGAAGGCCGUCCGCUGCAGGAGGGCAUCGACUUUGGUGCCGUAGACAUCGGCGAGCUGAGCAGUGACGUCAUCUCCAACAUGGAGCCGUUCGACGUCAACGAGUUCGACCAGUACCUGCCUCCUCACGGACACCCGGGGGUCAGCGGCGGCACGCAGGCGUACCCCGCCGGCUACGGGCUCAGCACUCAGGCCGGAGGGGCCUGGAUUUCCAAACAGCAGCAGCAGCCGUCAAUGGCCAAUGGUGGAGAGCAGAGCCAAGGCCAGCAGCGGACGCAGAUCAAGACGGAGCAGCUGAGUCCCAGCCACUACAGCCAGCAGCAGCAGGGCUCUCCGCAGCAUGUAGCCUACGGCUCCUUCAACCUGCAGCACUACAGCACCUCCUACCCCUCCAUCGGCCGCGCGCAGUACGACUACGCCGAGCACCAGAGUCCCGCCAACUCCUACUACAGCCAGUACCCCGCUUUCAGCUACAUGAGCCCCAGCCAGAGGCCCAUAUACAGCCCUAUCCCCGACACGGUGCCGCAGCACUGGGAGCAGCAGCCCGUCUACACCCAGCUGUCCAGGCCCUGAGGGACACCCGCAGCCGGGUCGAAGCCCGGUGGGAGAACGCUGGAAAAGUACUGAAACGAACGGAAUGGCUCCCGACUGUGCCUUGAUUAUAUUUUUCUAGAUAUAAUGAGACAAGAGAAAUCCUCUGUGAGGACAGAUUCCAGAUACUUAUUUUAGUAUGUACUGUGUAUGUGUCGCGUGUGUUUUCCUCAGCUGUGUCUGGGAUUUACACGCAGCUGUCUUCGCCCCGGUGAUGUUUUUGUAAAGACUCGUUUGCCUGAUAUUUCUCCUCUGUAUAUAUUUGUGGGGGUUUCUUAAAACUUGGGCAAAGCCUGUUGAUUUGUCAGAUGUACAGUCGAAUGCUUCUAGAGUCCGUGCCUAAGCGUCUGCCAUAUCAGCUGAGCUCUUGCUUCUGUGGAAACUGCCUCUCGAGUCCGUCUGUGCCUACAGAGAUCACACUGCUGGAAGUGCCCUCCGCAGCUCGACCAUUCCUCCAGUCUUAACCUCUUUAAUUUAUUCAUUAGCGUUCAUUUGACUUGAAAGUAAUACUAUUUGCGUUUUAUCAUUUACUCGGGCUUCGUAUGACUAAUUUGUGACUAAAAAUGUUUCCGGAGAUGAUUGCGAUUUAGUUGUAGUGCCAACUUUAACCAUCUCAUUUAUUUAUCAUUUGUUAAUGUUUCCAUUUAAAAUGUUAAUCGAGUUGACUUCUAAUUGUGAGACCUGAUCAAACCUUUUAUAGAAACAACUGGAUCUUCGUUUCUCAAACAUGUCGACUUCUGCAGGCUGUUGGCUGCAUCUCUACGAAAAACACCAGCAUUUAUUUCCUUUCCCUUGUUUUUUAAUGUCGUAAAGAAAAACUGUAAAACAUGCCACCGUCUUAAAAGAAGCUUAUCUUUUGUAUCAUAUU